CUCCCCGGAGAGGACAGGCGAAGAUGUGCAAUUUCCAAAGCUUAUUGGAUGCAGAUGGUGUUACUCUGGAGGGUGGCGGGGCCUGCAGCGGCAAGGGCCGCCCCUCUCGGACGGUGAUUGGGCUCGCCUGAGUAGCCCCGGGCUGGGAUUGGUGCGAGGAGGGGCCAGGGUCGUCGGGCAACUUGGACCUAGGGGUGGGGAGGCGGUGGCAACCGAGGAGCCGGUGGGGUCUCGUAGGUCCCUCGUCCGCCGCGUGCCUUCCGCGGAGGGCCCAGUCGAGGGAAGGAGUGGGAGGCGCCCCUACCUCAUCACGCGGGGGCGGGCGCGGGACCAGUGGGGCGGGCGGUGGGAGGGGGCUGGUAGUGGAGGGUGAUGGAGGUGCAGGGGUUCAGGAGUCGACAGAAGGACUAGCUGGAGACCUAAAUCUGUAAGCGCUUCCGGGGAGGAGGACUUGGGGAGACAGAGGAGGGCGUGGGCGUGUCUGGUAUGGGAUGCCUUGCAAAGGAGGGGGCCUUGCUGAGAUCUGUGGGUGGUUCCUUUGAGGAAUCCUUUUCUUCCUUUUUGCCCUUUGAUUUGCCAAAGGGAGAGUCCCCGUGGUCUCUGUUCAAGUUUUGGAAACUUUCUCUUUGGGUGGGCCUAAUCACAUACUACUUCAUUAUAGAACUGCCCAGGGCCUUUUCUGAUACUGAGCACAAACGUAGGGAAUAUGGCAGAAAAAAGGAAGCCUCUGCUGGGCUUCGUGAGCGAACUCCCCAGUGGGACCACACCUGGAAACUCAGGCAAGACUCGCUGCCCUUUGUGCAUGGGGCUUUUCAAAGCCCCCAGGCUCUUGCCUUGUUUGCACACAGUUUGCACCACCUGUCUGGAGCAGCUGGAACCCUUCUCGGUAGUGGACAUCCGAGGGGGAGACUCUGACACAAGCUCUGAGGGGUCAGUAUUCCAGGAACUCAAGCCACGCACUCUGCAGCCGCAAAUUGGCAUCCUCUGUCCGGUAUGUGAUGCUCAGGUGGACCUGCCCAUGGGUGGAGUGAAGGCUUUAACCAUAGACCACCUGGCCAUGAAUGAUGUGAUGCUGGAGAGUCUGCGUGGGGAAGGCCAGGGCCUGGUGUGUGACCUGUGCAGCGACAGGGAAGUGGAGAAGAGGUGUCAGACCUGCAAAGCCAAUCUCUGCCACUUCUGCUGCCAGACUCAUAGGCAGCAGAAGAAGACGACUUACCACACCAUGGUGGACCUGAAAGACUUGAAAGGCUACAGCCAGAUUGGGAAACCCAUUCUGUGUCCCGCUCACCCUGCGGAGGAGCUGAGGCUGUUCUGUGAGCUCUGCGACCAGCCCGUGUGCCGGGAAUGCAUGGUGGGGGUGCACCGGGAGCACCCCUGCGACCUCGCCAGCAACGUUGUCCACAAGCACGGGGACUCUGUGCGGGAGCUCCUCAAAGGCACCCAGCCCCACGUGGAGGCCCUGGAGAAGGCGCUGGCACAGAUCAAAGGGACCAACAGCGCCCUGCAGGAACGGGUGGAGGCCGUGGCCGCCGACGUCCGCAGCUUCUCCGAGGGCUACAUCAAGGCCAUCGAGGAGCAUCGGGACAAGCUGCUGAAGCAGCUGGAAGCCAUCCGGAUCCAGAAGGAGAACUCCCUGCAGCUGCAGAAGGCACAGCUGGAGCAGCUGCUGGCAGACAUGCGGACCGGAGUGGAGUUCACCGAGCACUUGCUGACCAGUGGCUCCGACCUGGAGAUCCUCAUCACCAAAGGGGUGGUCCUGGAACGGCUCACAAAGCUGAACAAAGUGGCAUACAGUGCCCGUCCUGGAGUGAACGAGAAGAUCACCUUCUCUCCUAAGGAGAAAGCAGGCCUGUGCCGUGGCUAUGAAGUUUAUGGGGCCAUCAAUACCAAAGAGGUCGAUCCAGCCAAAUGUGUCCUUCAAGGGGAAGAUCUCCACAGAGCCCGCGAGAAACAGACAGUCUCUUUCACCGUCAUUUGUAAGGAUGCAGCAGGAGAGAGCAUGGGCAGGGGAGGAGAGAACAUUCAAGUCGCAGUAGUCCCUAAAGAUAAGAAAGACAGUCCAGUCAAAACGAUGGUCCACGAUAACAAGGAUGGGACAUACUACGUUUCCUAUACCCCCAAGGAACCUGGCAUCUAUACUGUGUUCGUCUGUGUCAAGGAACAACACGUGCAGGGCUCACCAUUCGCUGUGACCGUGAGGAAACGGCACCGCUCACACCCAGGCGUGUUUCACUGCUGCACGUUCUGCUCCAGCGGAGGCCAGAAGACUGCUCGCUGCGCAUGUGGAGGCACCAUGCCGGGUGGGUACCUAGGCUGUGGCCACGGACACAAAGGCCACCCGGGGCGCCCCCACUGGUCGUGCUGUGGGAAGUUUACCGAGAAGUCAGAAUGUGCAUGGGCAGGUGGGCAGAGCGCAGCGAGGAGUGUACUGAGGACGGUGGCCCUCUGA